AUGUUACUGCCGUCUGCCCUCUCCUGCGACCCGUCGCAUCCGCGACUGCAAUCCGCUCUCUUCAUCUCGCCGCCCGCGAGCCCUCCUCAACUCUCCACCCAGACCGCAAUUGGAAACCUUAUCAACUCUUGCCGUAACCUACACACUAUGCUGUCAUCGCCCAUCCCCAACGAGCCGAUUCCAGAUGCAAACUCGCACCUCCCGUCGCCGCCACUCGCCAACAUGCCCAGCCCUCUGAGCAAGCCGCGCCUCCGUCGUCGCAAGGCUGAGCCAGUACCAGGUCCGUCAUCAUCGCUGGCACAGGCCGAGCCUCUCCGAUACAGGAUCAAGAAGCGCGCACCGCCUCGCGGAGCGAACAAGAGAAGACGAGACGAGGAUGACGACAUGGACCGAGAGGACGAAGCGCGGUCAAGCAGUGACGCUCUUCACGGCAAGGAGAACAUCAACAUCUUUGACUUGAACAAUGAGAACAAGAGGGACACCGGCCUGUUCGUCUUCAAGGGUUACUCCGACACAUCAUCACGGGCCGCCCCAUCAACGCCUAAAAGACAGCGGAUCGCACCACCAGACGUCCCACGCGGACUCACUAAGGAAGAUUUCCACAAGUUGGGAGCACCAGAUGCGUCCGAGAUCGAAGUUUCCAAGGGCACCAACGUCGAAGUGGGCGAGCGCGGUGAUCAGUGGAGUCUAGAAGAUGACCAUAAGCUAGUCGAGGUCGUGCUGGAGAAGGUCAAGAACAUGGAUCUGUCCAGUGAGGUCUGGGAUGACUGUGUUCGGAAUCUACCAGGGAGGGACCAAAGCAGCGUGAGCUUGAGAUGGAGAAGUCUACUCAACAGGGACAAGAUAGGUCUGCAGAAUAGGGGUGCGAGGCCGAGGGCGAAGCUACAUGGGACAUGGUGA